AUGGGACAUAAAGUACAUCCUUUAAUAUUUAGAAGUAAUAUAUAUAAGAAUUAUUUAAAUAAUUUUUAUUUAAAUAUAUAUAAAAAUAAAUAUUAUUUAAUUAAUAUAUUAUUAAUAUAUUUUUUAUAUUAUAGUAUAUAUAAAAUAUUUAAUAAUAAAAAAAUAAAUUUUUAUAUUAAUAUAAAUGUAUAUUUUUAUAUUAAUAAAUUUAUAAUAAUAUUUUUUUUAUAUAAUAAUAAUAUUAAUUUUAAAUAUAUAUUUAUAUUAUUUAAUUAUUUUAAUUAUUAUUAUUAUAAAAAUUAUAAUUGUGUAUGUUUUUUAAAAAUAAAAUAUAUUAAAAAUAUUUUAAAUAAUAUUAAUAUAAUAAUGUUUUAUAUAAAGAAGUAUUAUAUUAAAUAUAAAUCUUUAAGGUUAAUUUUUGAUUUUUUAUAUAAAAAUAUUUUAAAAAUAAAUAAUAAUAAUAUAAAAGGAUUAAAAAUAAAAUUUUCAGGUCGUUUUAAAAAUAGUUUAAAAACUAAAAUAGAAAUUUAUACAUAUGGUAUAAUAUCUUUAAAUAAUUUAUAUAAUAAUAUUAAAUAUAUUAAUGAUAUUAUAAAUACUAAACAAGGUAUUUUAGGUAUAAAAAUAUGGUUAAAUAGUUAA